AUGGUUUGGGAUAUUGUAGAUGGUGUGGGAGAUGUAGAUGGUGUGGGAGAUGUAGAUGGUGUGGGAGAUGUAGAUGAACUGAGGGAGGCUAAGGAACGUAAAAAAGCCCAGGCUACUCUACAGAGGCAGGAAGAACAGUUGGCCGCAGCUGUUGCUACCUGGAAUAAUGAAAUAUUACCCAAGUGGGACACAAUGCACACUCAUAAAAAAUGCCGUGAGUUGUGGUGGCAAGGUCUUCCCUCGUGUGUGAGAGGAAAAGUCUGGAAGUUAGCCAUAGGAAAUGAUUUGAAUAUCACUCCACAACUCUACAGCAUAAUGGUUCAAAGGUCCAUGGAAAAGCUGAUGAGUUUUAGUGAAUGUGGGAGCAUGGCUAGCCUGGAGGAGGUGACUAGUGACUGUGGUGACCAGGAAGGAACCAUAGACCUUAUCCGUCUUGAUGUCUCACGCACAUUUCCUCACCUUUGCAUCUUCCAGAAGGGUGGACCAUACCAUGACCCUCUUCAUAACAUCUUAGGAGCUUAUGCCUGUUACCGUCCAGAUGUUGGUUAUGUGCAGGGUAUGUCCUUUCUGGCGGCAACGCUGCUUCUUAAUAUGGAUGAAGCAGAUGCAUUUAUUACCUUUUCUAACCUGCUAAAUCGACCAGCACACAUGGCAUUUUUUAGAAUGGAUCAGCCAGUGAUGUGUGCUUACUACAAAGCCUUUGAGGAACUUCUGGCCGACAACUUGCCACUUCUCGCUGAGCACUUACAAAACAUUGGAGUCACACCAGACCUCUAUGUCUUGGACUGGUUGUUGACAGUAUUUGCUCGUCCAUUACCUCUUGAUGCUGCCGUCAGAAUAUGGGAUGUUUAUUUGAGAGAUGGCGAGGAGUUUCUCUUAAGGGCUGCCAUUGGCAUCUUGAAGUUGUAUGAUACAGUACUUACCAACCAGGAGUGCACUGCCACAGCUGCCCAGUUUCUCACUCGUCUACCAGAGGACCUCUGUGCAGAGGCUUUAUUCCGGGCCAUUGCAUCCGUCCGAACAUCCGCCCACAAGCGUACAUUUUCACAGAUUCUCCAGGCGCACAUGGAUGCUGUAGCUACAACUGCAGUAUGAUUUGUGCCAAUUUUUUAUGCAAUAUUUCAAAUGUGUUGUAUUACAGGAAUAUUUUAUUUAUAAAAUUUAAACUUUUAAGCUGUUUACUGAUUCUUUUAAGGAAUUUAUAUGGGUUAGUUUUCACAUUUUCACAUAAUGAACGCAUAUUUUAAAACUAUUUAGUUUUUAUCUCUCAUUUUUGGAAAUAUUCAGUAUAUACAUCAUUGAACUUUUAGUUUAUAGAUCAUAUUUCAUGGUCAUAAUUUUUGUUGAUUUUACUUAGGUCAGUUUUUUUAAUUAUGACACCAUUCAUUCCUCUUGACAAUUGCUACCGAGGUAGCAAGAUGUGUCUAUGUAGAUACAAAUUUAAAGAUUGUUAAUGAGAGGUGAUAACAGCAUUGUGUCAGUUAUGUAUAUGCCGUAUGCCAAGACAGCAUGGUUUUCCUGUUAUGAAUUAUAGGCUGGUGUGUACAUGGAGUAAUGGUAACUUUCCACAUGAAAUAUAAUUUCAUUUAAAAAGUCAUAUUGGUGAAGCUUUACAUAAAUUUACUCAAAUAUUUUAUGUUUUGUAUCUGUACACUUAUUUUAUAUGACUCACCUUGUGGAAACUUUGUAAUUAGGGUGAACUUCCGUGCUUUUUCAUGGUCAGGAUUUCCACCUUUCCAAAGGUAAAAAUUAAUUUUUAUCACUAGUUGAAAAUUUUAGAUUUUUAUAGAAGGAGUUUGAAGCUCGUAUAAAUAAUUCCUCUCGGAAACAAAUUUUAGCUACAGGAAGAGCUAGGAAUUGUACACUAAUUAAUGGUGUGAAGUUUCAGAGAUUUUAAAUUUAAGCUAAAUGAAAGUGAAAUGUGUAUUGUGAUAUUGUACAGAAAAUAAUAUUUUUAUGAUAUAAAUUAUUAUUGUUUUAUAGUAUAAGACUUUUGUUAUGCACAGCAAUUGAGAAAAUAAUUGUUCUUCAGCAUUUCUUAUUUGUUUUGCUGUUGUCAUUUUAGAUAAGUUAGUUGGUCACACCUGGAAGCACACACAUGGGGCUACAUACCCUCUCUCUACUAUAUAAAAGGGCUACUCACCCUUUGCUGUAUAAAGGGGCUUUUCACUUAGCUGUAUAAAGGGGCUUUUCACCUUUUGCUGUAUAAAGAGGCUCUCACCCUUUUCUGUAAAAAUGAGUUGAUAACACUUUCCUAUACAAAGUGGCUGCCUACACUUUCCUAUAUAAGGGGCUGCCCACUCUUUGCUGUAUAAAUUUAGAAACUAUCAACCCAUACCUGCAUAAAGGGGCUUCUCACUCAUUGCUAUAUAAGGAGGCUAUGUACCCUUUACUAUAUAAAGGGGCUAUCAUCUUGUCUCCUACUAAGAGCUCCUCUUUAACAACACUCACUACACCAACACUAUGAUCUCUUGAAUUUCUGUAUACUUUUCAUAGCCAUUUGUUUGAUUAAUGUUGUCACAUUCUUAAUCUUGUUUUUUCCCUUUUGUUCUUUUAUUCCUUUACUCCCCCAUAUGCAAAUGCACACACAUCCUUUGUUACUGUAUAUGUGCUUCCUUGCUUCUCAGUACAAGCAUGAGUCAUUUGUAAGUCUCUCAACACUUCUAAUGAGCUGAAAGCAGCAGCAAAAGCAACUGAAAUCAGCAAUACAGUUAUAGCAGUAGUUGAAAUCAUCAGCAGCAACUGAAAUAAACAGUAGCUGAAAUAAAUAACAGCAUCUGAGGGUAACAGCAGCUGCUACUGUUGCUGCUUCUGCCACUGUCAUCACCAUGACCAACAGAAAGUAUAGAGCAUCAAAAUUAGAAGUGAUGGAUGUCCUGGUUAACUGAAUGAGGAAGAUUUAGGUCACAGACAUUGAGAUAACUUUUUUAAAGUUUUUUAGUAUUAAUCAUACACAUUAUAGUGUAAUUUCCUACAUAUAUUUAAUGUGCUGUGCAUUGUGAUAUAAAACAAAGAUUUGUAUAUCUAUACUCAUCCAUAAUUUUAUUUAAUUGAUUUCUUACUCAUAACUCUACAACUUGUUAAUUAAAUAUAUUAAAGAAUCUCACUGUUGAUAUUAAGGAAAAAUGAAGUAUUGUCAGUAUGUAGACAAAGAUACAAGCUUGGUCUUCAUUGUGUGUCUGUGACUUUGGACUGAGGUAUUUGAUUAACUAUUGUGUGGAAUUAUGUGAAAGAAAUAAUGCUCGUGAGGUUUAACAAAAUGGAGACAUUUUACUACUGGAAAUAAAUAGAUUUUACUAUAACUGAAAUAGGUAUAUAAGAAGAUUUACCAUCACUUCCAGGAUACAUAAAAACUUUUUAUAUAUUCAGAGAAACUGAUUGAACUUACAUAAAAAUGAGUGUUGGUUACAUGUUGAGGAUUUGUUUAGUACCUGGUUUUAAAAUAUCCAUAUGAAAGCUACUUUGUUCAUGUGUACAGCUUAUAUAUGAUGGUAUGGGCUUUAUUUUUGUUUUCCUCUAGUUCAGAAGUUCCCCACCCUAGGGUCAGAACCUCUUGGGGUCGUAAAGCCAUCUAAAUUCCUUUACUCUUAACAAAAAAGUUCAUUCUAUAGUUCAGUUUUAUAGUGUUAAUAAAUACUUGAUCAUGAAUAGAAUGCAGUAUUUUAUUGUCAAGUUGGGUAUCAUUAACUUAAGAGAUGCUAAAAGAGGAGCAUCAUAGAUAACAGGUUGGGAGCUACUAGUCCUAGAGGAAACAAGAUUAUUUUAUUUGUAAAUUAUUACCUGUUGACUCCUCAAAUAUUGAUCUGAAAUUAAGGUAUUGACAUUGAUGUGCAGCCUUUUAUAUAAUGACCAUAUACCCAGUGACACAUGUCUUGGCAUGUGUCCAGAGCCUCACAUACUAGGCUUUUUCAUUAUUUGUGGUGCUGUAGAAAUUUGAAACAUGGGAAAGAAUCCUAGAUGCAAAUAACUUUUCCUAGUACAUUUACAUCCUCUAGAUCUGUGAUAACUAAAUACUCAGUGCAUCUAUGAAUUUUAAUAUCAGAUAUUAUUUCAGUGUAUUUUCAACUGGUAGGAAAUUUGUAACGAACAAUAUGAGGAUGUUCAAUGCACCUUUACUUUAAAGUUUGUAUGUUUUAAUAUUGUCUGCCAUCUCAAGUUUUAUAUAGAAUAUCAAAUGUUUGGUGUAUUUGAAUGUGUCUGGUAUAAAUAUUGAGCGUGCUGGUGAAAGAUAGUCUCUAGUGCUUAUGAUUAUAAAACGUUACAAGUUGCAAGAUAUUGGAGCUAGUUGGUAAUGCAUGCUAAAUACUAUAUACUCAUCUUUAUUGAUUACAAAUGGCCAUGGUCAUGAAAUUAAUCCAAAAGUCAGAAUGCUACUUGUAUAAAAUGUGUGUGUGUGUGUGUGUGUGUGUACUCACCUAAUUGUACUCGCCUAAUUGUCGUUGCAGGGGUUGAGACUUAGCUCCUGGCCCUGCCUCUUCACUGAAUGCUACUAGGCCCUCUUUCUCCCUAAGCUUUAUCAUACCUCAUCGUAAAGCUAUGUAUGGUUCCUGCCUCUACAUCACUCGCCAGACUGUUCCACUUCCUGACCACUCUGAUGACUGAAGAAAUGCUUCGUAACAUCCCUGUGACUCAUCUGCGUCUUCAACUUCCAAGAGUGACCCCUCAUUUCCGUGUCCCCCCUCUGGAACAUCUUGUCUGUCCGCCUUGUCUAUUCCACGCAGUAGUUUGUAUGUCAUUAUCAUGUCUCCCCUAACCCUCCUGUCCUCCAGUGUUGUCAGGCCGAUUUCCCUUAACUUUUCUUCGUAGGACAUUCCCCUUACCUCUGGAAUUAACCUUGUCGCAAACCUUUGCACUUUCUCUAAUUUCUUAACAUGCUUGACCCAGUGCGGGUUCCAAACUAGUGCUGCAUACUCCAGUAUGGGCCUGACGUACCCAGUGUACAGUGUCUUGAAAGAUUCCUUACUUAGGUAUUGGAAUGCUAAUCUCAGGUUUUCCAGGCACCCAUAUGCUGCAGCAGUUAUCUGGUUGAUGUGUGCUUCUGGAGAUGUGCUCGUGCUUGGUGUUAUACUCACCCCAAGAUCUUUCUCCUUGAGUGAGGUUUGCAGUGUUUGGCCAUCUAGCCUAUACUCUGUCUGUGGUCUUCUUUGCCCUUCUCUGAUCUUCAUGACUUUGCACUUGGCAGGGUUGAAUUCGAGAAGCCAGUUGCUGGACCAGGUGUCCAGUCUGUCCAGGUCUCUUUGAAGUCUUGCAUGAUCCUCAUCUGAUUUAAUUCUCCUCAUUAACUUCACAUCAUCUGUGAACAGGGACACCUCUGAGUCUAUCCCUUCCAUCAUGUCAUGCAUGUGCGUGCGUGUGUGUGCACGUGUGUGCGCAUGUAUGUGUGCAUGCACACGUGUGUACUCACCUAAUUGUGGUUGCAGGGGUCGAUUCUUAGUGCUUGGCCCUAUGUGUGUGUGUGUGUGUAUGGGGGGAGGGAAAGAGAUCCUUGCUCCAAGAGCCAAGUGUGUCAUAAGAAGUGACUAAAAUGCCGGGAGCAAGGGGCUAGUAACCCCUUCUCCUGUAUACAUUACCAAAGUUAAAAAGAGAAGCUUUUGUUGUUCUUUUUGGGCCACCCUGCCUUGGUGGGAUAUGACCGGUUUGUUGAAAGAAGAAAAAUAUAUACACAGUAGAACCCCACUUGCAUGGCAGGUUAGGUUCCAGGCUACUGCUGGAAAGCAGAACACCAUUUUUUUGCCACGUAUAAAUGCAUAUAAAUGCCAGAUAAGUUUACAAUAACAUAUAUUAAGUUAGCAAUAGAACUAGGCAUUAAAAACAAUAAAAAGUAAAGUACACACACACUAUACCCAUUACUUACCUUAAAAUAUUUGUAGUCUCAAUGUAGGGUAAGAGGUGAGUCGUAUUUAUUUGUAGGAAGUUAGGUGGGAGGUAUGGUAGCCAACCAGGUCAGCCCACCCCACCCCACCCACACAUAAUAUACUACGACAUUUAAAAUGCCCCAGAGCGAUAAAAUACAUACACAGUACAUUCAUUAAUUGCCUUAUAAUAUUUGUAGUCUUAAUGUAGGGUGAGAGGUGAGUAGUAUUUAUUUGUAGGAAGUCAGGUUUGGGAAGCAUGGUAGCCAGCCAUGUCAGCCCACCCCACCCAUGCGUAAAAUACAUAUACAGUGGACCCCUGACUUACGAUAUUAAUUCGUUCCAGAGAGCAUAUCGUAAGACGAAAUUAUCGUAAGUCGAAUUAAGUUUCCCCAUAAGAAAUAAUGGAAAUCAAUUUAAUCCGUUCAAGACACCCAAAAGUAUGAAAAAAAAAAUUUUUACCACAUGAAAUAUACAUUUUCCUACACAAAAAGAAGGAUACAUGCACAAUAUAUAUUGUGCAUAUACAUGUACUAGUGUACUAAAUGAAGAAUAAAUGACACUUACCUUUAUUGAAGAUGUGGUGAUGAGUGAUGAGACACUGUGUCCUGGGAGUGCCUUUUUCUCCUGAGUAAUGUAGGUCCUGUUUGGCAUUUUCUUCCAGAACAGGUCUUAUCACACUGUUUAUGCCACUACGAUUCUUAAAUCUCUCAAACCAACCUUUGGUGGCCUUAAAUUCACCAAUAUGAGCACUAGUUCCAGGCAUUUUUUCCUGUUCACCUGGCUGUUAGUCGGCUGGUGUGGGUUGCAUCCUGGGGGACAAGAUUAAGGACCCCAAUGGAAAUAAGUUAGACAGUCCUCGAUGACACACUGACUUUCUUGGGUUAUCCUGGGUGGCUAACCCUCUGGGGUUAAUUGUUUCUCGGUAUUCUUGAUAAGCCACACCAACAACAGUCUCUCCACAUCUUCGAGUAGUACAGCUGACCGUGGUGCAGCAGCAGCUGACCAUGGUAUGAUAGUAUUUCGAUAGUAUUUCUCACCCUUUUUACCACAGGGUUGGCACUAUAAGCUUUCUUUGGGCCCAUGGUGGCUUAUUUAGCAGUUUCAAGCACUAAAAACACUGGAAUAAUACAAAAUUUAUCGAAUGUAUGCGUGCAACCGUCCGCCCUGGCUUGUAAACAAUGUCACACUAGCUCAGCUGAGGCGCUAAAGCCAGACGGCCAUGUUCGGGACGAAUGAUGUAAGUCGAGUUUUUCACCGUAAGUUGGGGUCAAAUUUUUAUGCUGACAAGCAUCGUAAGUUGGUUUUAUCAUAAGUUGAAGCCAUCGUAAGUUGGGGGUCCAAUGUCCUGUACAUUCAUUAAUUACCUUAAAAUAUUUGUAGUCUUAACCUUUAAACGGUCCAAACGUAUACAUACGUUCUUUCGCAUAGCGCCCCAAAUUUUUUGAGAGAAAAAAAUAGUUUUUUUUUUAAUAGGAAAAAAGAGCAUAUGGUACCCAGGCAUCUCCAUUUUUUUUCAUAUGGCACACAGUGAGUGCGCACACCCAUUCUUUCAUGUUUAGGCGACUCAGGCUUAUCGUGCCAAAGUUGAACAAAAGAAAAAGGAAACGUAUACGUAUAUACGUUUGGGGCGCUACGCGAGAGGACAUAUAUAUACAUUUGGACCAUUUAAUUGUUAAUGUAGGGUGAAAGGUGAGUAAAUGAGAUAAAACAAAUAAAUGAGAGAGAGAGUGAGAGAAUGAGUACACGAGAGAGAAGAGAUGCAGAGUAUGUCGACAAACCAGGUGAACGCGUCUGGUUUUCGCUCAUACACAUUUGUAUUAUACCAUAAUACAAACACUUUACAUUGUGUACAAGUUGUCUCCACAUUGAUACAGUAGAAUAAAUAAAGAGGAAUACUCCCAUUCUUAUAUAACACCAUUUUUAAAAGAAAUGACUCUGAGUGAAGGCAUAUGAAAGGAAUAAUUUUCUAGUUACCCCCAGUAAUAUUAUAGUGUACACAUUUUCUCUGAUGUUGGACUAGAGAAAACAUUAUUCUUGCUGUCACUCCUACAAGUCUCCUAGUUACCACAUUUCAUAUUUAUGUUAAUUUAUUCUACUGUGGGGUGUAUUUAUCAUGUUUAUAUGUUACAUAGCAUGUUUAUUACAUAAUUUUGAAGAAAAAUAUCAUAGAUGGAUUAAUGGAAAUGUCUAUAUUAAUGUAAUAUACAACAUUUAAUGUACCCAAGAUAUUAUUAUUAUUAAUGUGGCAUCAAGAGUAGAGAGAGACUUAGUGAUUUUAAUGUGUACCUGCACGCCAGCACAGUAUGUAAGUAUACAGGGUGGCCACUUUUUUUGGCAAAAUAUAGCUUCGCGGUUCGUGAUUGGCCUCGUGAUUCGGCACUCGUCCGGUAUGUGUCCAGCAUCAGCGCGCACACAAAGCCAGUCUCCCGCACCAUUCACACUUAGUGUGCCAUUGUUUAUCAGCGAGUGACCAUCAUCCCACGCAUUCGUACGAUACAUUUAGUAAUAUUCCAUUCUUUUUGUGCUUCCAACUGCUAAAUAAGUCAUCAUGGGCCGAAAGAAAGCUAGUGACAGUCCUUUGGUAAAGAAAGUGAGAAACACGAUCGAAUUAAAGAAAGAAAUAAUUGAAAAAAUAUGAAAGUGGAGUGCGUAUUUCAGAGCUUGCCAGGAUGUAUGGCAAACCCCAUUCAACCAUCACUUCAGUCAUGGUGAAGGGAAAGGAAAUCAAGGAAGCUGUUUUUGCAAAGGAGGUAGAUAUGCUGACAAAAAAGAGAUCGCAAAUCCUCGAAGAAGUGGAGAGGUUAUUGUUGGUGUGGAUUUCCCAUAACAGUUAGCAGGAGAUAGUGUUAUGCAGCCGAUAAUUUGUGAAAAGGCAAGGCAGUUGCAUGACGAUCUCAUAAAGAAAAUGCCUGCAAUGAGUGCAAAAGCUGGUUUGAGAGAUUUAAGAAGUGUAGUGGCAUACACAGUGUGGUAAGGCAUGGCGAGGCUGCAAGUGCUGACAAAAAGCGGCUGAAAAGUAUGUUCAGGAGGUCAAGGGGUACAUAGAGAUUGAACAAUUCAAACCCCAACAAGUGUUCAGUUGUGACAAAACAGGCCUGUUUUGGAAGAAAAUGCCAAAGAGGACCUACAUCAUGCAGGAGGAAAUGGCACUUCCAGGACACAAACCUAUGAAAGACAGGCUAACUCUCAUGUUUUGUAGUAAUGCUAGUGGGGAUUUCAAAGCGAAGCUUGUACUGGUGUAUCACUCUGAAAAUCCCAGAGUGUUCAAGAAAAACAGUGUUGCCAAGGCUAAUUUGUGAUGUAGAAGGCUAACAGUAAGGCAUGGGUCAUGAGGGACAUUUUCCUUGAUUGGUUUAAUGAAGUGUUUGGCCCCGUGUGAAGAAAUACCUCCUGGAAAAUAAAUUGGAACUCAAGUGCCUCCUGGUAAUGGACAAUGCUCCUGCUCAAAUGAGCAAAUGGUGCAGGAGUUUUGUUUCAUCAAAGUGAAGUUCUUGCCCCCUAAUACCACUCCUCUCUUCCAGCCCAUGGACCAGCAGGUAAUUUCAAACUUCAAAAAACUGUACACCAAAGCAUUGUUUCAAAAGUGCUUUGAAGUGACCUCAGACACUGAAUUGGCCCUAAGAGAGUUCUGGAAAGAUCACUUCAGUAUCCUCCAUUGCAUAAACCUUAUAGGUAAAGCUUGGGAGGGAGUAACUUCCAGGACUUUGAACUCUGCUUGGAGAAAAUUGUGGCCACAAUGUGUACAAGAGAGGGAUUUUGAAGGGUUUGGGGCUAACCCUGAGGAGCCUAUGCCAGUUGUGGAAAGUAUUGUGGCAUUGAGGAAUUCCAUGGGGUUGGAUGCGAGUUUCAAGGAUGUGGAAGAGUUGGUGAAUGGGACCACAAUGAGGAGCUAACCACUGUAGAGCUGCAAGACCUUCAUCUGCAACAGCAACAGGUCACAGCUUAGGAAAUUGCUUUAGAGGAGGAGGAAGUUGCCUUCUUCAAAGAUUAAGGACAUUUGUGCAAUGUGGACAAAGGUGCAAACAUUUAUGGAUGAGCUUCACCCUGACAAAGCUGUUGCAGGCCGUAUUGGCAACAUGUACAAUGACAAUGCUGUGUCCUAUUUUAGGGAUGUUUUUAAUCCUUUCAGGGUUGACAGGCCCUUUCCCAGACUUGUUCUCAUGGUCGCCAAAUUUUCAAAAAAAAAAAAAAAAACUUUUUUUCUUAUGAAAAGAUAGAGAAACUUUCCCCAAUCAUAAUGACACCAAAAGUAUGAAAUUUGAUGGAAAACUUACGGAAUUAUGCUUUCGCGAAGUUAGCAGUCUCUACGAUGUUUACGCAUUGGCGAUUUUGCCUACUUUGAGCCCUAUUUUCGGCCAAUUCCAGUAUACUAGUCGACAAAAAUCAUAACUAUUUUGCUAGAACUCCAUUUUUUCUGUCGAAUUAGUACAAGAAACCACCCAUUUACUGAUUUCAACUAUCCAAUAAAGUGGUCAGAAUUUAGCAAUUUUGCCAAUAUCACACAAAUUUCAAAAGAUGCCAAUUUCCAAAUAGGGUCUAGAAUAAACAAGAAAGAUAUUCCUGGCACUAAAAUAACAUUUCCUCUGUCCAUUAGUCACGUCCCCACACCCCUCUUACAUUCUUUUGCUUUCCACUUUGAAUUUUUAUUCUCACAAAAAAUAGAAGAUUUACUGUUAUGCAGACUACUGUAUUAGUGUAGAAAUGGUAUAAAUAAUAUCAGUGCACUUGUGAAAGAAUAUUAGACUCACCAGUUGACUUGUAUUGGAUGCAUAGCAUGAUUUGUUUGUCAGCAUAGUUGCUGAUCCCUGUGUUGUAUAGCAUAUUAGUAUCAUCCAUGUGCUUUAGAUAGGAGAUCCCUUUUAGGCCUGUGACUUUGUGUGACGUCACAGGAUGCGCUUACAUCGACGAUAGACUACACACAGGAGGCUUUCAACGGUGGCGCAAAACACACUCUAGCUCUUGACCCCCUAUGUGGUCCUUAAAAUAUGGUGCUACAACCCUUAGUAGUGCACCAAAACACUGGUAGAGAUUGGGUGAGUACCACAACACAGUGAUAGUGGUUGGGUUUGUGGGUAAACAGGGCUAAGACCGGACAAUGGUGAGACACGUGGUGAGUGGGUGGUUGGGCCUAUGGGUUGAAUGGCGUAAGCCUCACUGAGGACAGCCACACUGCCGCGAAGAUAUUCUAAGCUGGCUAGCUUAAAAUACACCCACGAAAUACCACAACACCACAAGGAUGAAAAAGAGCACUCAGAAUUGCUUGGAGCUUGAAUCACAAGCGAUGAAGACUACUCACGUGGCUUGCUUGAGUACUGGGGUAAGACACCUGGGUUAGUUGCUAGCUGGCUUAUCUUAACCCUUCACACAGAAUAGCUUGAUAACUUCACACGAUGAGCACAGCAGGGGUGGAAGAUGGCUUGGCAGGCAAAGGAACUGGAUGGAGUAGAAUAGGCUCGACUGGGCUCCGUUGUUCUGACUCCCCCACCACAGACUGGAAGCUGGCUUAUUUUGUAAACUCGGGUCAACCCCUCGGGAGUGAUGCAAAUAAGCAGAUAAACACUAAUACAAAGAGACUGACCAGUGAAUGGUGUAGAAGCUGGUAGGAGCUUGAGAGAGUAGCUGACUUGAGAUAGCUGGCUGGCGUUAACCUUCUCGGUAGGCCUACUCACAAGAUGGCAGGCUCGGUCGAAAUUUAUCUCCAGAAAUCGCUGUAAUCGUCAGAAUUACAGGCCCUCCGUUGCCACCAUUUAUUGUAGGGGUUCUUAAAUGGAGAUAUCGAGGGUUGAAGGUAGACACACUUGUUGGAUGGUAACAUAUAUUGUCAGACUGUGAUGAUGGGAAAUGGAGCCCAGCCUCUGCCUGUCCUAGUCUGGAUGAUCUACCGCCGACUGAGACCGAGGCAGAGGUACGAACGUACAUAUGCGCAUCCUGUGACGUCACACAAAGUCACAGGCCUAAAAGGGAUCUCCUAUCUAAAGCACAUGGAUGAUACUAAUAUGCUAUACAACACAGGGAUCAGCAACUAUGCUGACAUGUUUACCUUUGAACUUUGGCAAAAAUCGAAGAUUUCUGCUACUUUGAGCUCAAUUUCAAGGUAAUUUUCAUUGUAAAACCAAUCAAAAUCGUCUCAAUUUCUGUAAUAUGUCUUCCAUUCUAUAACAGACCAGGAAAACUAGAAUACCAUCAUAAAUACCAUACGAAAAUACAGUACAAAGUCACUGUUUUAAACCAAAAACACUGUCAAAGUUUUUUUUCUCAUUACUCACUGUGUGCUGCAGGAUUUUUUUUAUACUGCGCACACUGACCACAUAGACCCAUUCUUUCAUAUGUAGGCCUACCAGCUUUCUCUCACUAGAUUUGAGGGCGCUAGAAUUUAUGGGUACUAGUACGUCAAAAACCCUGGUGAGUAAGUCGUACUAGUAUGUUGGAAACCCUGGAAGGGUUAAAGAAACGCCAGGAACAGAGCUCUCUGGACAGAAGGGAAGUAAUCCCGGAAAAGGACUUGGUACCUAAGUCUUUAUGGAAGGGGAUUCCCCUUCUGAACAAUAGUGUACCUUCAUCGUCUCCCCUCCUCUCAUCUUCCAUCCACCCAGAAGUCUUCAAUAAAGGUAAGUGUAAUGUUAUUAUUAUUUUAUAUAUGUAUGUACUUGAUUUCUCAUUGUUUUCUGUAUGUAAAUCUUUAUUUAAUUUGGAUUUUUUUUUUUUUUAAUAUUUUUGGGUGUCUGGAACGGAUAAAUUGUAUUUCCAUUAUUUCUUAAGGGGAAAAUGGUUUCGCCAUUCAUGAAUAUCGACUUUCAGCAGACUCUCUGGAAUGGAUUAAUCAUGAAAAACGAGGGUUCACUGUAAUUGGUUCCUAGGUGGUGUUCGAACUGAAAAAGGUUUCAUGUCCAAAACAGCAUUUACCAGGCUUAAUUGUAAGCCCCCCUGACACUGGAGGAUGUUGAACUGACUCUUCCAAAAGUCUCUGAGAGUUAGGUCAGUGUCAAAGGUCACUUCAAAGCAAUUUUGAAACGGCUUUCCUGUAAAGUUUUUUUUACAGCUGAAUUGUAAACAAGUCAGUGCUUUCGGACUCCAGAAAAACGUUCAAAGUCCGGGUCAUUUUUUUCUGAACAAGAUUGUCCAGGUUGCUGUUCAUUUGAGGUCCAGUGCAUUCAAACAUCAAGGUUCCACUGUAUUUCCAUCACUGAGACAUCUUUCAGGCCACUUGCCCUCUGAAACUAACCAAAUUCAUCUCCAUUUCAUUAAUGUCUUCCAGUUUAUCAAUUGGUACCAAGAAACAGCUAACAGAACUAUGAAAAUUAUCCUAGAAUACUCAAAGUUGCUAUUUUAGCCCAAAUACAAGGUAAGGGUUAGUUGUUCCUAUCAUGCACUGUGUAGGCCAAGAUUUUUUUUAUACCCUGCAUCCCCAUUGCACAGAUCCAUUUUUUUUUAUAUAUAUCUAUAGGCCAAAAUUUACCACUUAGCUUAUUUGAAGGUACUAUGAUUAAGACAUAGCUCUAGAUAGAGAAACUGACCCCACAUAUGUAGAUCUACAUGAGAGAGAAUGAAAGGGUUAACAAGCACUGUAAAUAUUAAGAUAUUUUGAUAUAUGAUAGAAUUGUCCAUUAUAGUUCUAUGUCUGUUUAAUUUUUAUUUAACACACUGGCUGUCUCCCACCAAGGGUGGGUAACCCUUUUUAAAAAAGAAACACUUUACCAUCAUUCACACUACAACUGUCUUUUCAGAGGUGAACAAAUACAACAGUUUAGAUGUCACUUUAAACAGCAAAUAUCCCAAACCCCUUCUUUAGAGUGCAGGCAUUGUACUUCCCAGGUGCCAUGAAGAGACAUGUUAAGUUUAUCAAAGUUACCCCUUAUUAUAAUUUCCCCCAACUUGUUCUCAAUACCAUCCUAGAGAACUUACUUAGUAGCUCAAAAAAAAAAAAAGGCAGAAUACCAUGACUAGAACAAUACAUAAAUAAC